ACCAGGACCAGCUGCUGGGGCUUCCAGCAGUGCAUCCUCUAGUCGCCAACUGGAGGAACGCGUUGACCACGUAGUGGAAAUGCUCGGCGACAUCAACACCUUCGCUGCGCCGACCACCAUCAGCAGUCAGCUGCAUACCUUGAAGACCGAGGUCCAACAGUUGCAGUCGACGAACGCAGAUGACAAUCCGAAGAUGUACAAGAUGCCAACUUUCCAAUUGGACAAGUUCGACGACUACACGCAGCAGGAUCCGGUCCUCUGGUGGGAGGCAUUCACGACGCAACUCAGGAUUCUGCCUGUCACCAAGCAUGCGUACAUCGGCGCCCUGUUCAUGAACUCAAAGGGCGUAUGCCAGACCUGGUUGAGCCACCUGGCAAACUCUCACGGCGUCAACGUACCGGACUUGAAGGACAAAAUCACAUGGGAGGAACUGACACGGCUGUGGAAGAAGCGGUUCAUCGUCGACGACGCGCCGACACUCGCCAUCAACCGUCUGUUCACCAUGUCACAGGGUAACACUGCAACACAGGAUUGGCUCACGGAGUGGCAAAAGAUUGCGGCGGUGCCCAAUCUGGAAUUGGCAUUCACGCAUCUACGCCGUGAGUUCUACAACAGGUCCUGUGCGGCAUUGAGCCAGACUCUUGGUGAUCGCGAGAAGCACUCAACCUUCGCUGAGAUCAUUGACAAGGCGAGGGAUAUCAUCAAGACCAACAGGUCAGCUGCACACGAGAAAUCAACAUGGCAGCCCACCUAUGUGGAGAAGGUACGAACUGGUCCGCGACAGCAGCACUUCCCUGCAGUCCAGUCGGACAGUGGAGAUAACCCAACAGCCACUCCAGCAUCAAGUGACGGAGAUCAGGUGGCUGCUGUCCAGCCGCAAAGCAACAACAAGUCCCGCAACAAUGGGAAGGUGAAAUCCGCAUCGCAGGUCGGAAAUGGACAGCCAAUACAAGUUCCAUGGGUCAAGUUCGGCUUGACCGAGGCGGAGUACAAGGUCCGCGGCCGCUACGGCAGCCGCUAUUGGUGCAACAGCACCAAGCACAAGACCUCCCUGUGCCAGGAUCAGGGCAAGGAGGAUGUGCGACCCCGCCUCAACUCGGAAAACCGAGUUCCGCGGAAGGACUAUGCUGUCCACUUGGCUCCACCGCUGGACCAAUCGCUCCACGUGCAACAAUCUACAGCAUGCACGGUUUCAUCACCAUUGGCAACCGAUUCGGCAACUUCGCCGCCAUCUAUCGCCGGGGAUUCAUCGUCGUGGUCAAGACUUGAGGUGCUCGACCCACUGACGUUCACGGACUUCCAGUGGAUGCCCGUUCCCCCGACCGGACGAUUGCCGAAACCGCAUUGCAAUGUGCUCAUGGCACAACUGCGAGAUUACUUGCACACUGCAGUACCGACUCCGUUGAUGGACGCCGGAGUAGAGGUUGUCGACCUUCACGUCUACAUUGCGAAGAUCCACCGCGAGUUCAAGACGCAACGGUACGACGACAUCGACGCACCAUUGCUAUAUGUACGCAUUCAGAUCGGAGAAGCGACCUGCAGCGCUUUGAUCGAUUGCGGAGCAUCUCGCAACUACAUCAGCUUGGACUUCAUGGUGCAAGCCGGCCUUGGCCCACGCGUCCGGAGGAAGCCCCAGCCUACGCAAGUCACAUUGGCGGACAGUCACACGCACAAGUCAAUCGACCGGUGCAUUGACAGCGUCCCAGUGUACUUUACCCCUGACGCAAGUGAGGCGGUGUCCUUUGACAUUCUGGACACCAAAUUCGACAUGAUCUUGGACAUGUCAUGGCUGCGAAGCAAGGAUCACCCGGUGAACUUCUUCAACCGCACCGUUCACCCGGAGUUUGGAGGAGCAUGUGGAACACCUGCGCACCGUUUGGAACGGCUACAACAAGCCAAGUACAAGGCCAACCGCGACAAGUGCGAAUUCGCACGACAGGAGCUGGAGUACUUGGGACAUUAUGUGACGCCGCAAGGCAUCCGUCCGCUUGCGGACAAGAUCGAGGCCCUACGAGCAUGGCCCGAGCCCACCAACACCACGGACGCUCAUUCAUUUAUGGGAUUGGCGGGCUACUAUCAGCUAUUCAUCACCGGAUACUCAAGGAUUGUUGCACCUAUGAUGAGGUUACAGUCGCCAAAGGUGCUAUUCGUAUUCGAUGACGACGCACGGCGGUCACUCCAAGCACUUAAGACGGUCAUGCUCAUGGCACCCGUCCUAAGCAUCUAUGACCCCACCCUGUCGACGCGAGUGACUACGGACGCUUCCGGCUAUGGCAUUGGGGCAGUCUUGGAACAGCACGACGGUGACGACUGGCACCCUGUGGAGUAUUUCAGCCACAAAGUGCCUCCCAUCAACUCGCUGGAUGAUGCAAGGAAGAAGGAGCUGCUCGCAUUCGUCAUGGCUCUCAAGCGAUGGCGGCACUUCCUCCUUGGCCGUCGUAGGUUCACAUGGGUUACAGACAACAAUCCAUUGACCUACUACAAGACGCAGGAUACGGUGAGCAGCACGAUCGGACGAUGGAUGUACUUCAUCGACCAGUUUGACUUCACACCGAAACAUCUUCCCGGCCUCUCAAAUCGCGCGGCAGAUGCACUCUCGCGAAGACCUUAUCUUUGCGCUAUGACACAUCAUGCCUUCGCAUUCGACGAGGAGCUUCAGCGACACUUCAUUCGGGCAUAUGAAUCUGAUCCAGACUUCGCCACGUUGUAUGCACAGCUAUCCUUGGAUCACCCGCCGGCCAGCGAUUACCGCAUCGCCGACGGGUACUUGCUCCUCCACUCGAGAGGCAAGGACUUACUAUGUGUCCCACGCGACCGUCGUCUUCGGACUCGCCUCCUCGGCGAGUAUCAUGAUACGCGACUCGCCGGCCAUUUCGGAGUCAACCGCACUAUUGCACGGCUUCGACAGCGAUUCCGAUGGCCCGACCACAUUACCGAUGUCACUCGGUAUUGCGACUCUUGCGAAGUUUGCCGACGCAGCAAGCCCCGCAACCGCAAUCCCUACGGCGAGUUGCACCCGAUGCCUAUCCCACAAGAACCCGGUCUCUCCAUUGCCAUGGACGUCACCGGUCCGUUUCCUCGCGACCGGCUCGGGCACGACGGCAUCCUCACGGUUGUGGACCGAUUGAGUGUGACUCCAUUCGAGUUGCAGCACGGUGGACGGAAAGGCCGGAUCUUCGCCGACCUUUUUCUCCCUCGACCAGCCGGAAUUGACGCUGCCUGCUCUCCCGCUUCCGUCCGGAAGUACAGGGAAUUGCUGACUCAAGCCCGCGCAAACAUGCAAAAGGCUCAAGUCCGCAUGCAGYAGCAAGCCAACAGGCGUCGCGUACCAUGUUCCAUCCGUGCCGGUGAUUUGGUUUGGGUCUCUGCGGAAGAGUUUGCACUGGAACAGGAUGUUUCACGCAAACUUCUUCCCAAGUGGUUUGGACCAUGGUCUGUGACAGCAGCCGCGGGCGAUGAGCCCGAUGACCCUUCAUUUGUGAUCAACAUUCCAGAGCAUCGGACGGUCCAUCCGGUCUUCCACGCCUCGAAGCUGGCAACAUACACGCCAGCCAAGAGCGACGACUUUCUGGGCCGACGAUCGCAGGACCCUCCUUCUAUGGAUGGUCAUCAGGAAGUUGACCUCGUCAUCACCGAUCGCAAGUACGGCAGCAAGCCGCGRCAGUACAAAGUCACGUUCAAAGCAUGUGAUCGCGACGCAGAUUUGAAAGCAUCCGCACCGCUGAUCUACGCGCAUUAUGAAAAGCGCAGGUUAGCUCAGGAAGCUUCACGACCAGCCCCUCCCACCCGGACUGUGGUCCCUCCCUCAGACAGACAGCUUCGCCCUCACAGGUAAGCUCGGUUCUUCAAGGAGGGGGGCGUGUGGCAUACUGCGUAGCCACACGGGC